UAUUUCGAAAAAGAGGCUCACCGGAAACACGUAAAAACCUUUUCAAUCUCUCAGUCAAUAAACGAGCACUUUAGAAAGAGCUUUCAUUCUGCAACGAUGUCCGAAGCCCGCCAAAUUACACUUGCAGAAUUGGAAAAACAUAAAGAUGGAAAAUCCUGUUGGAUGGCAAUUCAUAACAAAGUUUAUGAUGUAACUAAAUUUUUGGAAGAGCAUCCUGGUGGAGAAGAGGUUCUGCUUGAACAGGGAGGUGGAUAUGCAACAGAAAGCUUUGAGGAUGUUGGACAUUCUGUUGACGCUCGAGAAUUAAUGGAAAAAUAUGAAAUCGGAAUUUUAACUGAUUCAGAUAAAGAAACCCGAGAGGAAAAGGCAUCAACUUACUUGCCAGAAGGUACUUCAUCUACAGGAAGUUGGACAGCUUGGCUUAUCCCUCUCUCUAUCGCCAUCGGCUCUGCACUCCUCUAUCGCUUCUAUAUAUCCCAACAGUAA